AUGGCCGACUAUCAGUACGGAGGCUCCGAAGAGGAGAAUGCGGAGAUUAGAAAUCUCGAGGCCGAGCUGCUUGAUGAUCCCGACAACUUUGAAACCUGGGAGAAGCUGGUUCGCGCCGCCGAGGGUCUCGAGGGUGGAAUCAAUCGCAAUUCCAGCCCCCAGGCCAUCACAACCAUCCGCGCAGUCUAUGACCGCUUCCUCUCCAAGUUCCCUUUACUCUUUGGAUACUGGAAGAAGUAUGCCGACCAAGAGUUCUCCAUCACCGGCACUGAGGCCGCUGAGAUGGUCUAUGAACGAGGCAUUGCUAGCAUCUCGCCGUCCGUUGAUCUUUGGACCAACUAUUGUUCGUUCAAGGCGGAGACUUCACACGAUGCCGACAUCAUUCGAGAGCUUUUCGAACGGGGUGCAAGCAGUGUUGGUCUUGACUUCCUCUCCCAUCCCUUCUGGGAUAAGUACAUUGAGUUCGAGGAGCGUGUUGAGGCCCACGAUAAGAUUUUUGCCAUUCUUGGGCGUGUCAUCCACAUCCCCAUGCACCAGUAUGCUCGCUACUUCGAACGGUACCGUCAGAGUGCGCAGACCCGCCCUUUGUCCGAGCUCGCCCCAACAGAGAUCAUGGCCGCGUUCCGCGCUGAGAUCGAAGCUGCAUCGUCCCAGCCUGCUCCUGGCGCUAAGGCCGAAGCUGAGAUCGAGCGGGAUCUCCGACUUCGCGUGGACAGUUACCACCUAGAAAUUUUCACGAACACUCAAACAGAAACGACCAAGCGCUGGACUUUUGAAUCGGAGAUCAAGCGCCCCUACUUCCAUGUCACUGAGCUCGAUGAAGGCCAGCUGACGAACUGGAAGAAGUAUCUUGACUUCGAGGAAGCUGAGGGUUCCUUCUCCCGGGCUCAGUUCCUGUAUGAGCGGUGCCUGGUUACUUGUGCCCAUUACGAUGAGUUCUGGCUGCGAUAUGCUCGCUGGAUGGCUGCUCAGCCUGACAAGGAAGAAGAGGUGCGCAUCAUCUACCAGCGUGCCUCGUAUCUCUACGUCCCGAUUGCCAAUCCCACUGUCCGACUCCGCUACGCCUACUUCGAAGAGGUGUCAAACCGCGUGGAUGUGGCGAAGGAUAUCCAUAGCGCCAUUUUGAUGUACCUCCCCAGCCAUGUCGAAACCAUUGUCUCACUCGCCAAUCUGUGUCGUCGUCAUGGGGGCCUUGAGGCGGCCAUCGAAGUCUACAAGACACAAUUGGAUUCGCCAGAGUGCGAAAUGGCCACAAAGGCUGCUCUUGUUGCCGAGUGGGCCCGCCUUUUGUGGAAGAUCAAGGGCAGCCCUGACGAGGCUCGUAAGGUUUUCCACGAGAACCAGCAUUACUACCUCGACAGCCGGCCCUUCUGGGGCAGCUAUCUCGUCUUUGAAAUUGAGCAACCCACUAGCGCGGCUACCGAAUCAGUUCAGUAUGAACGUAUCAAGCAGGUCAUUGCUGACAUCCGGUCCAAGAGCGUUCUGCAAGUCGACGCUGUCAAGGAACUUGUGCAAAUUUACAUGACAUACCUUCUCGAAAGGGGCACCAAGGAUGCCGCGAAGGAAUACAUGACGCUAGAUCGAGAAAUCUACGGCCCUUCGUCUGUCGCUUCUGCUCGGACUGGCGGGACUGUGGCGGUGCCUCCCACCCCUGCAGACGGACAGUUUGCUUCAAUUCCUCACAUUCAGCCCACACCGGAUGACGCCGCGGCCGCACAAGCGUAUGCCUACUACCAACAGACCGCAGCAAACGGUACAGCCGCUUGA